AUGGCUUACCAAAUGGGUGGGUACCAGGGUGGUGGGAACCCAAGUGGUAGUUACUCAAACUAUCAGAGCGGUAACUACCACUACAGUAAAGGUGAGAAUUAUUUCUCCAAUUUUAACAACUGUGGAGAUAGCACGAGUUAUAGUCAGCCAAAGGAUUGUGGCAAUGUUGGGGGAGGAGGGAAAGGAAACAACAAUAAUGGCAGCGCCAAAGAAGUGCGUGAAGGGGAGGCGAAGAAGAAUGAGAAAAAUAUGGACCAAACAUCGAGUAACGUAAAUAACGAUGAUAAGUAUGUAGAGAUGUACAUUAAUAAGGUGAAGGAGAUAUACUACUUUCACGUUUUUUAUCAUUAUCUAAAAUUAGGGUACCCAGAAAAAGAAGCCUCCAUGGAAUCGAAGAAAUAUAUUUUCAUAACAUUGAGUAGAUACUUCAUGUUAGUUAAAAAUGCCAUUUUGUCAUCAGCAGAAUCGAUUAAACAGAUAAAUAAUUGUGUAUCUUCAAAUUUGUCCUAUUAUCAACAGCAAACAAAUUUACAAGAAUUUCUACUCAAUCAGCAGGCCAAUUUACAGAGUAUGAAUUUGGGUACCUUAAAUAUUGGGAAUAUUAAUUUACCUUUGAGUGAUCAUGAGAAGUUGGGUGAUUUGUCCAAACUGAACUCAGGUGAGAUGGGUAGUGGGGACCAUCGUAUGAGUGGAGUACCACAAGGGAGUAACUCUCCAGUGAGUGGUGUUAAGGUGAAUCAGGCGAAUGACAUGCAGAGUGGAGUUAACCAAAAUAAUGUGUACAAUUUUAAGGCGGAUAAAAUUAACAAUAUGAUUGACUCGAUUGAAGAAAUGAAAAAAAUAAAUAAAAAUAAAAAAAAUAAUCAGUAUGGUUAUGAUGAACAUACCAGUGGAACAGGUGGAGAGAACAAUAAUGGCAUAAUUAAUGUCAGUAAAAAUAGCAAGGAUUAUUCCUUUAACAAUAAUGAGGAGGCGAAAAAGAAAAUAAGCUUUACCUUGAACAAAUCGAAAAAUAAAUUAUUUCAAAUGUAUAACAGACCGGGGAAUGACCCUAACAGGAGGACUGUCAAUGAUGAAGUUGGAGAAGGCAGACAUUUGGGUGAUGAAGGUACAAACAACGAGCGGAAGGUGCAGUCUAGUAUGUAUCCGCCUAAUGCAGUUAUGAUGCAGGAUCCAAGUCAUGUCACAGGGAAUAACUUUGUUAAUAUGUUUCCAUAUGAUCAGCAACGCGUUCGUAAUGAUGGGAGUGGCCCGUUGAGUGGUGAUGUCACAGGUGGGAAUGACAUCUCUGAGAGAAUUCAAGUAAAACAGGGCCCCGGGGGGUAUGCGAACCGGGUAAGAGGAGAAAAUAACGCACACGGUGGAUUUAAUCACGACGUGGUUGGUAGUUAUCCAGGUGGAGAUGAGGCAAGAGGAAGCAAUAAUGAUUAUCACCUUAGCAAUCAAGCGGUGAAGGCGGACGAUGAAAGCGUGUUGAAUAAUAAGUACAGAAGGAAUGGUACUUCUGGGUUUAACAACGUGAGUGGCAUGCUGCAGGGAAGAGACCUUAACGGAAAUGAUCAGAAGUCAUACGGCAAUGUUAGUUACUCCUCGUAUGGCACCGAGCGAGAGUCUCAUUUGUUCCCAAGCGGGAUGAAUAUCAAGGGGAAUUAUGACGCGAGCAGUAAUCGCCUUGGACGAGUGGGUCAUCGGGGAGGGAACGGCAAGGAGCAAUUCGUGGCAGGCGUUAAGCAGAGGUAUGACGGGAAUCGUACGGGGGGCGAUGAAGGCAGCGACGUGGAGGAGCGGCAGCAAGUCGUGCAGCAUGGGAGGGACAGCCGGUUUUAUAAAGAUGUGGGCAACGCAGGUCGCGCGACAAAUCAGAGCACCCGGAAAGACGUGAAUGGCAGGUACAGAGCGCAGAAGGACGGCAUUCGGGACGGCGAGGACCUGGACAGGGGCAAUCGGGGCAUCUACAACGAUGGGGACUACGACGGGGAUAACCUCGGCAGUGGUAACCUCAGCGGUGGCAACCUCAGCGGUGGUAGCAGGUACCCCCAGAUUGCGAGGGGUCAGAAGACAACCGCGGAGGAGGAACCCCCCGAUGGAAUGAAAAAGUGUGACACCUUUAAGAUAUAUAUAAAUAACAUUUACGAGGAGUUCAAGGAGGAAUGCAAGAAUGCCGAUUUUGCAAAGACCUUGAAUGAGUUCGUAAGCAGAUUAAUGACAUGGAACAGGAAGAGAGCCACGAACUCGAGGUUUUGGAGAUUCAACGUGAUGCCAACGAAGGAGGAUAUUUUCUCCAUGGAUAUGCUCUUUUUCACGCGCAGAAAAGCGAAGAAGCGAUACGCGAAUAACGACGAAGACAACGACAUGGAGUACGGCCUCAAUUUCAGUGACAAGAAGAAAAAGUUAAGUGCAGAAGAAAUCGAGAGUAGGGAUAGGAGAUUGGAGAAGUAUGGAGAUGUCUCCAAGGGGAAAAAGAAUGAACAAUCGGACAACUUAUUUUACAUUGAUUACAACGGAGCUCACGACAUGGAUCACAGUGAUUAUAACACCCUGGAGAAGCUGCUUGACAAAUACAACUUUUCUAGCUGCUACAAGAAUAAGAAUUUUGUAGGGUUGUGUAAGAAUAUUCAGAAAUUUUUUUUCAGGUUGACGUCCCUCCCGGAACGGAAAAAUGUGAGGAGCUUCUCCGUGCUCAAGUGCACCUACGCGUACGUCCUGCACAAGUACAACCAGGACAGGAACUAUAAGUACAUAAACGAGCAGUUCAGAUCCAUGCGCCAAGACAUGAAUAUCCAAAAUAUUUUCCACGACGAUGUUAUCAAUAUAUACGAGACCAAUAUCAGGAUUUGCAUCGUGAACAAUGACCUUUUCCAGUUCCUGCAGUGCAUUAACAAGCUGUUCGAGUUGUACCAGCGGCUGAACAUAAAGAAGUCUAAGGUCGAAUUCCUCUGCUACAAGCUUAUCUACCUGACCCUUCAGAACAUGCACCAGGAGUUCCUGGUGGAAUACCUAACUCUAAGUGACGAGGAAAAGAAUCACGAAAACGUGCAACUCUGUUACUACCUAAACGAGUGUAUCAAAAAUAAAAUGUAUUUAGUAAACAUCAAUAUGGUGUCUCCCUUAGAUGACGAGGUCAAUCAUCUAUAUAUAUACGAGAGAGUAUAUAUUAAUGACCAUAUUUUGACAUACCUGCCUAGUCUGAUGGGGUUGAGUGAGAACAAAGAUUUAAAUGUUAACAUGGAUUUGCUAAUCGAGUUUGUUAAACAGCAUAGUGAAGUGAAAGCGGAGGAAGUGGGAGAGUGUCUCGAAGGUGGAGAUGGGAAGAAGGACACUGUUAGGAUGCCUUAUCUGACCAACUACCUGAUCGUUUUGUUCCUGCCGAAGUACAGGCUCCUGGCGCUGAUAAAUAUAUGCAUGACCAGCAUCAAGGUCGGCCUAUCCACCCUGACAAAACUGCUAAAUUUUCAGAACGACGAAACUUGUUUGAGUUUCCUCGAAGAGGUAAAUACUAUCAUGAAAAAUAACGAAGUGAUAAGUAAGCCCUCCCUGGACAAUCUGAUGAAGUCGCCACUCUUGAAGAAUAAGUACAUUAAUCAUAUCAGGUGA